AUGUAUGUGCACUCGUGCCUUCUUGGCUCUCUCUAUCCCCCUAUUCCUGCUCCCAUCGCGGGGCUCCAAGUGCCAGACGCCCAUGGUGGUUUGCAGCACGGGUCUCUGGGUUCCAAGUGUCAGACGCCCGUGGUCGCCUGCAGCACGGGUCUCUGGUGCGCCAACGGAGGCAUGUGUGUGUUUUCAGAGGAGGCCAACGCCACCAUCUGCAAGUGUCCCUCUACCCAUACGGGCGCCAGUUGUCAAACCCUGGUGGAAGCACAGGAUUUCGAGGAGGCCAACGCCAUCUGCAAGUGCCCUUCCACGCACACUGGCGCCAGCUGUCAGACGCUGGUGGAAGCACAAGACUUUGGUCCAUCGGAGCAGCUAAGGACCAACUUCACGUCACCGCUCAUCAUCCCCUCCAACUCCACGCUCGAUCUGAUAGUGGAUGAACGGGACAAGUACUUUCACACCUUCUUCGCCCUCCUCGGUGCUUUGGUCUUCGUGUGGGUCGUCUCGCUCUGCUUCGUGUACCACUCGCGCGAGCGCAGGCGCAGCAGCAGAGCGGUUGCUGUGGUUGGGGUGCUGGAGGCUCCUCCUCCUUCCAGGCUGCACAAGCAGCAGCAGCAGCAGAAGCUGCUUCAGCCAAAAAAGAAGCAGCAGCAGCAGAAUGGGAAGGUGAAUGGGAGUCAGGAAAGCGAGCAGAACAAGCAGCACCUAUCGGGCAGGGAUUUCGGCUCGGCUGAAGAUUGCGAGCUGAAUGCGGAGUCUGGGGUGAUGGGUUCGCUGCCAGGGGGUGGUGGAGUGGAAGAGGGUGAUAUGGCAGAAGUGCUGUUGAGCCGUCCUGGUGAGGAGAGCAGCAGUGGUGGUAUCAUGACGAGUUCCAGAAGAAAACGUGCAGGAACAGGGGAUGACGUCAGGCUACUUCUUUAG